AUGUCAAACAGAGUUAAAAUGUCUUCAAUCUCUGUUGUAAAACACAUAUAUAGGACAAAGGGUCUACUCAGCUUUUGGAUGGGAUUGAAUUGGGCCACGCCACUCACAAUUUGUGGUCACACAAUGUUUCUAUACACAUACGAUUCAAUCAAAGAUAAAGUAAACACACCAACAGCAAGCUUGAUAUCAAGGCUGGUAACUUUAAUGGUAUGCCAGCCUUUCGACUGUAUGAGAACGUACGUACAGUCCAAUUUAUACACACACAAACGACAGUCAUUCGUUGAAAUCCUUAAAAAUAAAGGGUUGAAGUCAAUGUAUAAGGGAUCAUUGUCUACAAUAGUUAGAGACGUGCCAUUUUCAGCAAUUCACUGGCCAAUAAACGAAUUGAUAUUCGAUAUGAUUAAAAGCAACGAAGCGUAUAAAAGAUUUGACAGUAAAGGAGUGGGUAUCUUGGUGCUUCCGUUCUGGACAGGAGCGUUCUCAUCUCUUGUAGCAACUGUUGUAUCGCAGCCAUUUGAUGUUAUCAAAACUAAUCUACAGGCAGGAAGCGUUGACAUACAAAACAAUAAAAACAACAUCAUUGGAUCGAGAAAGUCGAGCAUAUUAAGCGAGUUUAUCAGAAUAAAAAGAACAUAUGGAGUUAGAGGAUUCUUCAUAGGGGUUGCACCUAGGUUGUUAAAGGUAGUGCCUGGGUCUGCGAUCAUGUCGGCGACGUACCACUUCUUCAACUAA